ACGCCUUCGGCUCAUCCCCGCGCCUCUAUACCUCUCUUGCUCCCUGACCUGUCCACCGUAGCCGCCGCCAGCCAACGGAAAGAGCUGUGAGGCUCACUGACGCCCAUGAAGGGCUCCCACUCGCAGUCCCAGGCGGCAAGCCGUCGGCGGCGCUGUGGGUGGCUGCUCCCGCUUCUCGUUGGUGCUGCUUUUGUCGGCGAGAUCGCGUUCCUCAGUCGCCUCGACAUGUCGAAGAACGCUGCGGCGGUCGAGAGCUGGACCACCUCCUUCUACCGCCUCUCUUCGACCCGGGGCGCGGACGCACCUCCGGGUAGCGGGGACGACGACGACGAGUGCGAGGAGCGGCUCGAGAGGGAGGACGCCGUGCCCUACGACCGCGAUUUUGAAAGGGAUCCCGUACUUGUCGGCGGUGCUGCUAAGGAUUGGAAUAGAUGUUCUGUAGGAUGUGAAUUCGGGUUUCCAGCUAGUAAGACACCUGAUGCUACUUUCGGAAUCGCUCCAGAUCCUUCCGUAGAGAGUAUCCUCAGAUCAAUGGAAUCGUCUCAAUAUUAUUCCGAGAACAAUAUUAAUGCGGCUCGAGGAAGAGGGUACCAAAUUGUGAUGACAACCAGCCUUUCCUCAGAUGUGCCGGUUGGCUACUUUUCAUGGGCUGAAUAUGAUAUCAUGGCACCUGUGCCUCCAAAGACUGAAGAAGCCCUAGCUGCAGCCUUUAUUUCCAACUGCGGUGCACGCAACUUUCGUUUGCAAGCCCUUGAGAUGCUUGAAAGCUUAGAUGUAAAAAUUGAUUCCUAUGGUAGCUGUCAUCGUAAUCGUGAUGGCAAAGUGGACAAAGUGGAGACUCUAAAGCGCUACAAAUUCAGCUUGGCUUUUGAGAAUUCUAAUGAGGAAGAUUAUGUUACAGAAAAGUUUUUUCAGUCACUGGUAACAGGGGCCAUUCCAGUUGUCGUUGGCGCACCGAAUAUUCAAGAGUUUUCUCCAGGAGAAGGUGCAAUAUUACACAUUAAGGAGCUUGAUGAUGUCAUUUCAGUUGCUAAGACAAUGAAACAUAUUGCAUCAAAUCCUGAUGCUUUUAAUCAAUCUUUGAGGUGGAAGUAUGAUGGUCCAUCUGAUUCUUUCAAGGCACUUAUUGACAUGGCAGCGGUUCAUUCAUCCUGUCGCCUUUGCAUACAUAUCGCUACGAAGAUUCACGAAAAAGAAGAAAGAACGCCAAAAUUUAUGAAUCGCUCAUGUAGUUGCUCCAGCAAAAGAGGAACAGUAUACCACUUAUUUGUCAGAGAGAGAGGGCGGUUUAAGACAGAGAGCAUUUAUCUAAGAUCAGAUCAGUUAACUUUAGGAGCUUUGGAGUCUGCCGUGCAUGGUAAAUUUAGAUCCCUCAAGCAUGUUCCUGUAUGGAAGGAUGAAAGGCCAUCAAGUAUUCGAGGCGGGGAUGAGUUGAAGGUGUACAAAAUUUACCCAAUAGGUCUUACAGAAAGACAAGCGUUAUAUAAAUUUCAAUUCAGUGAUGAUGCUGAAGUUGCUAGAUAUAUUAAGGGCCAUCCAUGUGCAAAGCUUGAGGUGAUUUUUGUAUAACUACAAUAUUGCCAUCUUCGCUACCUUUUGCAACUGCAAACUAGUUCUGUGUGUAUUGAAUUUCUGCUGUACUGUAAUAGAUCCCCGUUUAUGUAACGUCAACCUUGAUACAAGUCACAACUUUGUAGGCUUUGUGAUACUGGGAUGUAAAUUUCUAUUGACAGGCAAGUACAUCUUUUGCGGGAAACAA